UAAGGAUGUUCAUUUUGGCACUCAGCAGCUUACGCAUGGCUCGCAGAUGGCAUCUGUCUCGCUUUGCGUAAUCCAAUCAUCCUGCACUACUGCGUCUCACACUUAGUCUCCAGGAGUAAUUGAAAAGCUCACGGUGACAACUGUGUCUUCUUCCAGAUGUCAUCGCUAUAAGGAGUGGGGCUUUCAUCACCUCCUUGACGUAGGAUGUGUACAUGGCUCUCCAGGUCAGAGUUGCUCCAAGCAAGGUUGUUUUGCAGAAGCUUCUUCUGUGUGUCAUCCUGUUCUACACCGUGUACUACGUGUCCCUGAGCACGGGGUGCGUGUUGUUUGAGGUGCAUGAGUUGGAUGUCCUGGCACCAUUUGAUUUCAAAACAAAUCCCUCAUGGCUCAACAUAAACUAUAAAGGCACUUCCCUAGCUUUUACCAACACUAUCCACAAACGAUUAAAAAAUAUAGUCCCAGUAAAGAGUCAAGUAUGGUCCAUGUGUGUGUUUUGGGUAGAGGGAGAGAUUGAACACUCAACUGUCAUUAUUUAAUUCUAGUCUUUGGGUCAGUCAUUAAAGAAAGGGCAAUAUCACAGGCUUAUUGGAGAAGGCUGUGUUUUUUCAUAGUGGAGACCAGUGAUGAUCUUUUACAUAGCAGGGAUUAGUGAAGAACCCCUAAAUGCCUGGCAGAGUUUACAGUCGUCCUUUCCUCUCAUGAAACACAAACAUUUGUACAAAGAUAUCAAUAAACCCUCAGCCUAUUAAAUCUUUAAUUUUGGGCUUGGGGAGAUAAAUGUCAUAACUCUUCAAAGUUGUUGCUCUGAGAAUCUAUACUUGUCUAAUCUCAGAGAUAUUAAUAAAAUAUAAGAGUAAUCUUAGAGACUUUGGCAUGUA